CCCAGCCUACACCCUGGCGCCACCCCCGAGCCCAAGAGCGUGGUGAGGUCGCCGCUGCCCUCGCCGCCCACCAGCCCAGCCAGCGCGCCGGGCAAGGAGGAGUACAACUGCUCGUACUGCGACAUUGCCUUCAGGGACAUCGUCAUGUACACCAUGCACAUGGGGUACCACGGCUACCAGGACCCGUUCCAGUGCAACAUGUGCGGCCAGCAGACCACAGACAAGGUGGCAUUCUUCCUGCACAUCGCGCGUUCGAGCCAUAGUUAGGCUCAACGAAAUCGUCUUCGAGUUAUCGAGACAUCGAUCGGACUGCUGGUAGUGAGAUUUGGCCUGUUUGACCACCCUUGACCAUCACGUUAAGUGCGAUCGCAAUGCCCCAGUGGUUCACCUCAGUCCGUGGCCACUAUGUGGCCUCACGCUGCGCCGCAUUAAACGUGAUGCAUUUCUGUUAAUUUCAUUUUUUGUAUUAUAUAUUUUUAUCCGUGUGUCUCCAGGUCGGUCCGGUAGAGCGAUCGAUGUAUCGAAUGUCCAUUUAACUCUAGUCACUGCACAUAGUAUAAAGAGAUAAAGAAUGUAUUUAUUGCCGAUGGGGUGAGACAAUGAGUCGAGAGUGCAAUCGAUGGCUUUGUAAGAAGCUAGUUUCGGAGCAAUACGGGUAAAGAGUCUUGAUGAAGCGGCUCCCUAAGUUAGAUGUCGCCAUCUUGCCUCACGCCAUCUCGGGCGUCAAAUCAGUAUUAAGAAUGUCUUGAUUGUCAACAAAAUAAGUCUUCUCUGAGUUUUGAGAUCAAUUUUUGAGGAUGUUCCAUUUUGGAGCCGUUCGUGUUCUUAUGUUUUAAAUAUUACGUAAAAAAGAUACCUGAACAAAUGUAUUGCGUGGUGUGAUGUGAGCCCUUUGAUUUGUAUUGACAAACUUUGUCAGAUCAAUCCGUGUAGCUAUGUUGUGUUGAAAUGUUAUAAUUUUGUUUUCUACUGUACAUAGACUUGACUUCUUUCAUUGUGACCAAAGAAUGAAUUGUGUGGUGCGACAUGAUGAUAGACCUGACUGGACGUGUAUCUAUUUUUGUACUAGGUCAUCACAAGUGUACAUUGCGUCUCCUAAAUAAUAGAUUUAUAUUUCAUAUUUC